GGCCCGUUAAAUAAGGUCGGCUUCGGCUUCGUCCCGUCCGCGGCUUCCUCUAGAGAGAGAGGGAGACCAAAAAAACAAAGAGAGAGAGAGAGAGAGAGAGAGAGAGAGAGAGAGGGGAUAUGGCGACGAAUUCGCCACCACCAGGUAAUACACUAUUCAAACCCCCGUCUUCUGGCAGCACUAGUGAUGUUGUUGAAGCCUCUGGAACCGCAAAACCCGGAGAAAUUGUUCCAACUACAGAGAGAAGUGUCUCGAAUGUAAACAACACUGUCGUGAGACCUGUGCCGCCAAGGCCUUGGCAGCAAAACUAUGGAAAUACAUAUGGAGCACCACUUGCAGGUUAUGGGGGUUAUGGAUCUGGCAUGUAUGGUUCUGGCGGAUACGGAGGAGGAUCAUAUGGCAGUGGGCUCUAUGGGAGUAGCAUGUAUUCAGGGUACGGGGGUUUAUACGGGAACACUGGAAUGUAUAGCGGGGGCAUGUACAACAGUGGGUUUGGAGGUCCCAUGGGUGGUUAUGGGAUGGGCAUGGGUGGUCCCUACAAUAAUCAGGAUCCUAAUAAUCCAGGCCCUCCAUCGCCCCCAGGCUUUUGGAUGUCCUUCCUACGUGUGAUGCAUGGUGUUGUUAAUUUCUUUGGCCGAAUUGCUAUGCUUAUAGACCAGAACACCCAAGCAUUUCACAUGUUUAUGUCUGCUCUUCUACAGCUUUUCGAUCGUUCUGGUUUACUAUACGGUGAGCUCGCAAGAUUUGUUUUACGCAUAUUAGGGGUGAAGACAAAGCCCGGGAAGGCUCAUGUUCCGGGGCCCGGUGAAGUCCCAGCUUUCGUGGGACAAGGCGGUCGCUUUAUCGAGGCACCGAAAGACAAUGGCGGUUCGUGGGACAAUGUUUGGGGUGGUGAUGUUAAGAGAGAGAGCUAAAUGCAGGAAUAGUUCGUCCUCUUUUCUGCCCUUGAUCAGAAGAGAGAAGUUCUGCUCGGAUCUCAUAUGCAUGCAUAACUGUUGUUAUGAGACGGAGCCAGUUACGGAGGGAAGAAAAUGCAUACAUGUUUUAUCUUUGACAAUCUCAAAUACUUGAUGUAUGUUUCAUAAAUCUCUACGCACUAGAUUGCUUGGGUAAGGGCUAUUACUUUGAUUAAUAACUUAAAAUCUCAAUAAGAAAUGUCACGACGUCUCAUUUUACUCCUCUUUCUGCAAGAAGAUUGUAAAAUUGUUCUGUCAUUUUUAGUUGAAAACAUAAUAACAUAUGUUCAUAGCUUUUUAA